UUUUCUGCUAAAUCCAAAUAGAGAUGAUCCUCUAUUCUCUGCAUCUUCCAACUCCAUCUUCUUCUCCUCACUCUCACUCUCACUCUCACUCUCACUCUCCUAACCCUAUCCCCUACCGUCACCCAAACACAAACGGUUACAUCAAGUUCAGAACAACCUACCGCGAAAACCUUCGUUACCUCACAACAUUAACCUUAAUCCACCCAAAAACCCAACCCAACAACCUCCCUCUCCCCGACGCCGUCGACCACAUCCUCGCCACCGUCAGCUUCCUCAAAUCCCAUUCCUUCUCCGACGCCGACAUCCCCCGCCUCGCCCGCCACUUCCCCCACCUAUUCUCCACCUCAUUCGACCCCAUUUCUUUGAAUUGCUUUUUACAGGAAAAAGAUUUGUUUUUUUUAUCUACAGGGAAGGUUAAAUGGCUACGCUUUCCGAUAUUGGGCUUGCGGCUGCCUUGAACAUCUUGAGUGCGGUUAUUUUCCUUGUGGCGUUUGCUAUUUUGAGGCUUCAGCCUUUUAAUGAUAGGGUGUACUUUCCAAAAUGGUACCUCAAGGGUUUAAGAACAGACCCUGUGCACGGAGGAGCGUAUAUGCGCAAGUUUGUCAACUUAGAUUGGAGGUCAUAUAUCAUUUUUUUGAAUUGGAUGCCGGCUGCACUCCGAAUGCCUGAGCCUGAGCUUAUUGACCAUGCUGGAUUGGACUCUGUUGUUUACUUGAGGAUUUACUUGAUAGGGCUUAAAAUCUUUGUUCCUAUAGCAUUCCUGGCAUGGGCAGUUCUGGUUCCUGUCAACUGGACAAGUACUGGGCUUGAAGGAACUGGGCUGAAAAACAUAACUGCUAGUGACAUUGAUAAAAUCUCCGUUUCAAAUGUCCAGCGUGGAUCUCAAAGGUAUUGGGCACACAUAGUAGUUGCUUAUGCAUUUACUUUCUGGACAUGCUAUAUUUUGCUGAAGGAGUAUGAAAAGGUCACCUCAAUGAGAUUGGAAUUUCUGGCCACACAAAAACGCCGCCCUGAUCAAUUUUCGGUGCUUGUUAGAAACAUUCCACCAGAUGCUGAUGAAUCUGUUAGUGAGCUUGUGGAGCACUUUUUUCUAGUCAAUCAUCCGGAAAACUAUCUUACUCACCAGCUUGAGGAGGCAGAGAAAAGGUUGCAGGAUUCUGAAUCGAAAUUGGCUCGCCUUCGAGGUCCAGCCAAUGCAGUUUCGUCUAGGAAAAAUAACAGCUUGGAUGAUGGGAUUAAACCGGUGAAAAUGGAGCGGCGAUCAAGCAGUCCUCCAGAUAAUAUGAAAACGUUGGUUCUGGAUUCUUACAGCGGGGAUUCUGAUCCGAAGGAUCAUCUUCUGUAUUUCAACACGAAGAUGGUGAUAAUUGCGGCAUCAGAUGCGGUGAAGUGCAGGAUGUUUCCAUCGACGUUCAAAUCGACGGCGAUGGCAUGGUUCACAACUUUGCCGCGCGGAUCGAUUUCGAAUUUCAGAGACUUCUCAUCCAAGUUUCUAGUGCAAUUCUCGGCGAAUAAGAAUCAGCCGGUGACGAUCAAUGAUUUAUACAACAUUCGCCAACAAGAAGGAGAGUCACUGAAGGAGUACAUGGCAAGGUACAGCGCUGCAUCGGUCUAGGUAGAGGAUGAGGAGCCUCGAGCCUGUUCUCUAGCAUUCAAGAAUGGUUUGUUACCGGGAGGGUUGAACAGCAAGUUGACACGCAAGCCUGCACGAUCGAUGGAAGAGAUGCGUGCUCGCGCUAGCACUUAUAUUCUUGACAAGGAGGACGAUGCUUUCAAAAGAAAGCGCGCGAAAGAUGGAAAGGCGAGGAGCUCCAAGGAAGAACUUCUGAUGAACAAAGUGAAUUCGCCAAAGUUAGAUAUCUUCAAAUUUUCUAAAAAUAUCUCCAAACUCUCCAAUGUAUUGCCAUAACAAAAGCGUGCUCUUUUUCUCCGAAAUGAGUUUUUUAACGAGGCGCUCCAUCAAUAAAACGAAAAUUCAUGAAAUUCAUGUCCAAAGAUUCCAGGGAUUCCCUGACGAUCGGAAUUGCCGAUCGAUAUAAAGAAUUACGGCGAUCACUAGGUGGGACAAGCUUGAUCCCCAAAGGGGCUUGCUGGAACCCUGAAGGUGGCGGCGAUUCCACAAAUGGCCUUUGACGCCUGGGAAUCUCCCCCCGGAAAGUCUGAUGUGAUCGCCGGUCCCGUAAACGAUGUGCUGGGUAAGUCUCGCCAGAAUACGACGAGCGCCAUUAACUAGGCAAAAGUCUUGAGACCCCCAAAUGGCCAUUGGGACCCAAGCAUUGUAAGCCACGAGCGGGCAAAGCCCCGGGCAAAGCCCUCAAGAAUGGAGGCCAUUUAUCCCUUUGUGGAAAAUGUUUAAAGUCUUGACGGAGAAAUGCCAAGCAACAAGCCCUAGUUAAAAUUAAUGCACGAAAUCGUUAGGCGUAAUUCAAUCACAUGACGCGUGAAAAAUAGCGCAAGAUAUAAGGUCGGCGAAUGAAUAAGGUGGAAGGCGAGUGCUUGGUCACUCAGGAUGUUGAGUAUUUUAUUACUCCGGGCGUCGGGGCGUUUAACUAUGAAAUUCAUUCUUAAAUUUUUUAACAAUAAGAAUGCGGCGACCAAAAGGAUUUACGGCGAGAGCAAUCAUGCAACAAUCGCCUAAACCUAACAAUCAUUCAAUGAGAUUUACAAAGUAUACAAAGGCGAUGUGAAAGCAAUGGCGGUAAAGGUUAGGUAAAAAUUAAAAUUACACUAUUCAUUAUUUCUUUCUUCUUCUCCUGUUUCUUCUUCCUCUUCUUCAGUUGCGGCCCAGAGGUGUUGGUCAAUCAAAGGAGGAUCAUCAGGACCAACCAGUCCUUCAGCAGUGAUUUCUUUCAUUAUUCCCAUGGCGCUAAAGUCAAAGUCAGGAAACAAGUGUUGAGCCUGGUCCUUGGCGAGGUAAAAGCCAUGCUCACGGUUGUCAUAAGCAAUGUCAGCGGCUUGUUCCCUCGCCUCAACGGCUUUGGCUCUCUCCACCGCCAGCUCGCCCUCAAGCUCUUUGAUCUUCGCAAGAUGGGAAGUAAUUUCGGCAUCUUUCGCGGCGAGGGCUGCCCCAUGAGCCUCGUCCGCCUUCUUAAUCUCUUCAGAAGUAGCUCGCAUCACCGCCUCCAAAUCCGCCUUCGCCGAAGCCAAAGACUCAGCAGACUUUUCCUCCUGCUCCGCCAACGCCUUUUUCGCUGACUCCAGUUCAGCGCGCACUUCGAGCUCUGACUCCUUAGCAGCCAGCGCCUCGCCUCUGGCAGCCAAGUCCUUCUCAGCUUGGUCUUUUUCCUUUUUGCAAGCUUGGAGACUUGCAUCGAGGCCAUCCGCUUCUUCCCUCAUCAGCUUCAGAUGAUCCUCCAGUUCGCCGAUUUUAAUCCCCGCCGUACCAAUCAACUUGUCGGCCUGGACUUUUUCUUUGCCCGCUUGGUCUCGAAGCGCUUCUUCCAAGCGGCGGCGUCCUCUUGGUGCUUGGCAUUCUCAGCCCUCAACCGUUCAGUUUCAGCAGCGGCGGCGUUGAAAUUGUCAAACGCGUGGGCAAAGAUGCACCCAGCGCGUAGAAGACAAGCAAGGGUCUCCUCCUUGGCCUCAUUAAUACCCCGGCUCAAAACUUCUUUUUCUAUGGCGUCACGGUUGAGGCCGGUAAGUAAGAACUCUGAAGGUUCAAUGGCGUUGGGAAGCAUAUUGUAGUAGCUAGAAGAGCCGCCCUCGUUGCCAGGAGCUUGCUCGAUCCGGGCUGCUUCAAAGGUAGUGGCGGCAUCAGAAGAAGGUCUUUCUUCUUGAUGAGGCGGGGGAGACAUGGAACGCCCAUCAUUCGUUGGAGGCGAGCUAGGAGGUGCGACUUGGCGAGGGGGAGACUUGGGGGUUUCUUUUUCUUUUUCUCUUUCUUUCUCCCCGGCGGGAGCAUUGGAAGACGCGGCAGCGGUUGUGGCGUUGAUGGCGGCAAGCUUCUCAACAGCUGAGGGUUGAGAAGUGUUGGUGGUUGUGCCAGCAGUUGAUGACUGGUCAGCAGUUGCGGUUGUGGCGCCUACAGUAGUGGAUUUGGCGGCGCCAACGGUGGCUGUAUCACCAGUAGCGGAAUUGGGAGCUGUGACAGUGGCAGACUCGGUAGCCGUGGCGGCGGAAGCAUUGGCGGAGGCUUUGGCAACAUUCUUGCCUUUGGACACAGCGGCAGUGAUGGGUUGAGCGCUGGGGUUGGAGGAGCCGGCGACUGCAGAUUCCGGGGCGACAGAGGAGACUUUAAAUAAUUUCCUCCUCUUUGGGGCUUGGGCGCCCUCGGUUUGGUUCUCAGCACCGCCCCGUUUUUUCCCAUCGCCCUCAGUGUUGAACUUUGGAGAGAAACGGGCCAUUCUCCUCUCGCGGGCUUUCAGGAGCUCGGCGUUGGUGAAGUUCAUAUCUUCUGCAACAAUAAAUAAAAAAAAAGGGUCAGUAGCAACAUAAGGGGUAAGAAAGAAAAUGAUGAUGAAAAAACGAGAGAGAAAUGACGAUGAUAAAAAUAAACUAUAAGUGACCUAAGUAUUUGGGUGUCCUUGAGAGGCGAGCGCCCUCAAGGACUGUUGAGCAGUCAAGGAUAGGAAGCGGGGCGAGGAGAUUUAAAAAGGCUUUGUCGUUAACAGACAAAGAUUCUUCUGAAGGGUCGGUAAUCCCAUUGGGCUUCUCCGUCCAGUAGAGGGGAAAAAGGGCAGUCCCGUCCCUAAGGGUAAAGGCCUCAGGAUAGGCGGGGUGAACCGCCACGCGGAAGUAUCUCCGGGCGAAGGAGGACUUUGCGUUACUCUUGUGAGGGUUCAAGCACUUGCGGCCGGGUAGAGAUGAGAUGCAGAGAUAAGGGAACGAGGACUCACCAGGUAAGGAUGUGAAGAGUGGGUAGCGGAAGGGGUGAAAGGCGACGGCACCAGAGCGGAAGUUGGAAGAGGGAGCUUGGUAAGCGAUAAGAGAAGUAAAGAGAGGUCUCGGAAAGGGAUGAUUGUAGGGAAGAAGGGUUUUUAUAGGCAAAGGAGGGAAGUUGGAAGGGUGACGCGUGUCGGCCGCGUGUGGAAGGUUGGAAGUCAUUAUGGCUUUUGGGAAGUGGGACGCGUGUGAUGAGGAGUUACUGCGCAUGAUUGGACAGUUAUGAGGAGUGAGGUGACGGUUGCGGAGAAAGGGGAAAACUGACGUAACUGACGUAUCACAUGGAGCAGUUAGAGAUUUGAAAGGUUUUUGAAACAAGGGAAAGCGCGAAAGGCCUCGCCACCAUGAAGACUAAAUGCCAUCGCCUAAUAAAUGGUGUCGCCAAUGAAGUUUAACCGCCCGCCAAGGGCAUCGCCAGCCAACACUUGGAUGAUCAGUACAUGACUAACACCUGUCACCUAGCUCGCCGACGAAAGACGCUCGCCUACUCCAACUAAUCGUCAGUACAAAGCGAUCGUUCCCGCUGCCUGUGGACUUGUGGACUUGCCGGUUUGGGUUGCUCACCAAGACCAGUGGACUGGGUGACUAAAGAUGCUUGUUUCCUUUCGCUUACGCCAUGUCGGCGACGUAGUCUUCUUCUUUUUUCCUCAAGCCAUGUUGGCAGCUUAGAUUCCAGCACACCAUAGGACGCAUGUAAAAGCAUUUAAAAGACACACUUAGCUCUCAUACUUCGAGCUCGGUGUCUUGUGGACUAGUGUACUGGGCGAGCCCCUAGAGGGGCGACGCCCAGGGUUUGGCCCGCCCAAGGGCGAGAGCCUGGCCUUAAGUUGGGCCUCAACUUCAGAGGCCCAAUUGGCCCAAUAGGUAGUACCCAAGCUCUAUAAAUAGGAGGUAGAUACUAAUUGUAAGGGACUUUUGGCUCAUUUUAUAAAAUAGCACAUGAAAUUCAGCACUCUCUCUCUCAUUCUCUUUCUCUCUCAAGCACAUUCUUCCACUCUCUAGGUACUAUCCCUUCCUUCAAUGUUCAUUCCCAGAACACUAUGUAAUAGGAAAAUCAUCCUUCUCUUCUCUUUCUAUUUUCAUGGGUCUUGGACUCUUGGUCCUUGGUUUUCAUGAUGCAUAGGUGCUCCGUCCAUGGUCAUGUUAAUGACAUUUUAUCUCAGAGCUUAAUGAUUUAGGAAUAACUAUGCAGUGUUUUAUCCCUAUUUCCUGGAGUGGAGAUUGCAGCUUAAUUUUGGUGUGAUGAGUGAUGACCAAUGAUCUCAUUUUUCAAGAAGUUUAGAUGUUGAAGGAGAUUAAGGAGUUAGUGUCUCAUUUUCUGAUUAUUCAUUACUAUUGUUUCACCAUCACUGGAAUCAAGCAAGGAGAAGAAAUAGGUUUUGUUUUUUUUUUCAAAUUUCUAUCAAUUUAUCACAAAUUUCUUUAAAUUUUUUCUUCACCUAUCUUUUGUUUUUAUUUUGAAUUUUUAUGAUAGGAAAUAAGGUAUGAGCAUAAAGUUGUGUUCGUUUUGCCUCUUAUUUUCCAUCUAUUCUGUCAGUUUUCUUUUGCAUAUACAUUGUCAUACAUUAGUAGCUAUAGCUUGCUUGAUUUUUUCCCCUUGGCUACUACAUUUGAUGCAUUUGGCAGUAUUGGUGAACACCAUGCAGAUUGUUUUCCUAUAUCCGAGGGAAGAAAAAUUCCUAUUUGUUGCUCGAUUUUUUUCUGCUGCUGGUAUUUGUUUAAGGCCUCUGUGAGUGCUUCGUAGGAGCAUGUAAUGAUAACCGGUCCAUACAAAUGAAUAGGACUCCAGAUAGGCUACUUGUCAUUUUGGGGUUUGUAAAUUGGAAUGACUUAUUACGUGCACUGAAUUGUUGGCUAUCAAGUUUCGUCCGCAAUAUAGAAUCACAAAGCCAUGAGUUUUAUUAGACGUGUGCAACCGUGCAAAGCAGUGAAGAAAAAAUCACAGAGCUCUCUCACCCUCACUCUCUUCACUGUCCAAAAACCCUAACAGCCUCAUCCUCCAUUCCCAAAUGGCGCUGCCACCACCAUUUCCUCCAUAGCCGCGCCACCACCACCUUCCUUUCCCGGCUUGAAUCGCUUCACCACUACCUCCUCUUUCUCUCUCCGUCCAUUGAAGCCAGACAUCGCAGCGUUCUCCUCCCGAUUUGAAGUCUCACCGGCCUCCCCUGAGAUUUGCUGAUCAUGGAUAGAUGUAACGAUUACGAUUACGAUUUUGCUGAUGAUGAUUACGAUUUUGCUGAUGAUGAUUAUGAAGAGGACGAUGAUGAUAUUCCUGACAGUGAUAGUGAUGAGAGUGAUGGGUGGAAGAGAUCCAGGCUGAAGAAGAAGAAGCAGAGGAUAGCUAAUGAGCUUGAGCGAUCAGAUCUUAAAUACACAAGGCGGCUGCGGAAAUUGCUUAAAGCUUUUAAAGCGUGGGAGCGCAUCUGCCUCAAUUGAUAUGGAAGAUUAGAUAAUGAUUUGUCUGUACUUUAACACUUUCAUGGUUGAAUUGAAACAAUCUCGAUGUCAGCAGCACACCACCGCACCACACCACCUUUGAGUCCAUGCCAAAUACUCUCAAUCACCUUUCAAUUAUUUCAAUUCGAUAUAUCCUCAUUCAAAGCCAUAGAAACCUGAUGGAGAUCUGCUCCAAUAUUCUGAUGAGAAAACUGAGUUUAGAUCGUGGAGUCUUGCGAACAGGGGAUUCAGUAGCAAACACUGUAGACAAAGCCAAAUACCGGAGAAGAAGAAUCAACAAGAGCGGAAGCCAUGGAUACGGAUCAAGAAGCUCUGAUACCAUGAGGAGAGAAAACUGAGUUUAGAUCUCAAACGCCUUCCCUUUGUUGUAGGGGAGUACAUCCACUUUAGAUUCAAAUAGAUAUGGGCAUGUAGUAAUUGGAUGCAGAAGAACUUCAAAAAACAAUCAAAAUAGUACAUGCUUGAAGUAGGGUUUUAAAGCGUGGGAGCGCAUCUGCCUCAAGUUACUAUAUAAUUGUUUUUUAUACUAUAUAAUUCUUUCUUUUUGUUCAGCUUUUAAAGCGUGGGAGCGCAUCUGCCUCAAUUGAUAUGGAAGAUUAGAUAAUGAUUUGUCUGUACUUUAACACUUGUGGAAAAUAUUUAUUGUGCUAUGUUUUGCAAUGCUUUUGUAGUGUGACAAAUAGAAUGUCUAUUUAAUGUUGAUGACUGUUAGAGAGGGUGCUGGUGCAUAUGUUUUAUGGAGGCAAGGUUGUUAGUGGAUGUGGAUAGCCGUGUCUAUUA